AGGGUCAGUCAAGUUGUUGACCUUUUUCCAACUAUAUCACCUGAGGUUUAUCUUAGGAAGGCAAGGUUGGAGGACUGCUGGGAAGUGGCUGAGACUCACUACAACUCCUUCUUCCCUGAAUAUUCUUUCCCUCUUGAUUUUUUCUUGAGAAUUGAUAGGUUGAUAACAAUGCUUUUUGGAUUCUCCAUCCCAAAUGGAUGCCAGAGAACUUGUUUUGUUGAUGUUCUUGGAAGCAGAGAUGAAGAGGCUUGCUUGUUAGGUACAGAAGACCUCAAACUUGGAGGAUUUUAUGGACAAUGGAGUCUCAACAAGGUUUACGUGACUGGAAUAUUGAGUGUGGAUACUGUAGAUGAUUUCCUUCUCAGAAAAAGACCAUUAAGGCAGAGAAGGAAAGGGAUUGCGUAUAUAUCAAAUGUUGCGGUACAGAUAAUAUACCGUCGAAAAUGGAUAGCAAAGAAGCUUGUAAUGAAAGCAGAGGCACAAGCCAAGAGCUGGGGAUGCCGUGCAAUUGCUUUACAUUGUGACACUAGCAACCCUGGAGCCACAAAACUGUAUAUAGGACAAGGCUUCAGAAUCAUCAAAGUUCCAGAAGGGGAAAACUGGCCUCAACCCAGGACUUCCCCUAAUAUCGAGUUUGUUUUCUUGAUGAAAUUACUGGACGUAUAA